AUGGAGGCUGAUCUCCCAGCUCUUCCCAGUAAUUUAUGUGGUGAAACAUUUAGCCAUGUUUUUGGCACCAAAUCGUCUGCCUUGGAAUUAUUUCUACUUGACCGACGCAUCAGAGGCCCAGGAUGGCUUGAUGUUAAGUUCCCUCAGUUGCCUUCUGCAGCUGUUUCUUGGUGUAAAAUAGAGGCAGUAUCUGUUAAACCAGACUAUGUGACACCUGUAAUAGGCUUGGCCAUGCCUCCACUGGUAGUGAUGUCUUUAUGUAUGCGAACAACUGUAAAUCCCAAGAACUAUCAGCAUGAAAUUACAAUGGUUUCAUGUCUUGUACAUCAUGAGUUUCCUCUUGAUCGAGCUCCGCCACAGCCUCCAUUUCAGUCACAUUUCUGCGCAAUGACACAUCCAGUAGAUGUUACUUGGCCUUGGAAUCUGAAAGAUGCCCUCAUCAGACACCGCACUAAAAUUGAAAAGAGUGAUUCUGAAAGAGCUCUUUUGGGAUACCUGCUUGCUAAAAUUCACAAGAUAGAUCCGGAUAUUGUUGUAGGUCAUGACAUUUUUGAGUUUGACCUGUGUGUGCUACUUCACCGUCUCGCUAUUACUAAGGUUCCUCACUGGUCUCGUAUUGGUCGACUAAAGCGAACACAGAUGCCCAAGUUCACGGUAAAAGGAUUUGCAGAAAGAACGGCAGUGUGUGGCCGUCUUAUAUGUGACUUGAAAAUCUCCUCCAAAGAACUUAUUAGAGCCAAGAGUUAUGAACUGGGACCAUUGGUCUCACAAGUACUUCAUGUGCCUGAGAAUCACCUCAAAUGCUUGACUGUAGAGGAAGUUAAAAAGAUGUUUGGAUCAUCAGCAAGUUUACUUCAGCUAGUAUCACUCACCAUGCAGGAUGCUUUGUAUGUUCUUCGACUCAUGUGUGAGCUAAAUGUGCUACCUUUAGCCCUUCAGAUAACAAAUAUUGCUGGAAAUGUAAUGUCACGUACUCUCCUUGGUGGUCGGUCAGAGAGGAAUGAGCUGCUUCUGCUCCAUGCUUUUGCUGAAAAGAACUUCAUUGUUCCUGAUAAGCAAUUUAACAAAGCAAACCAAAAGGUUUCAAACGACAUUGGGAUUGAUGAAGAGGAAGGUGGGGGUAAUAAAAGAGGAAAGGCUCGGCGAAAACCAGCAUACACUGGAGGUUUAGUGUUGGAACCCAAAAGAGGUUUCUAUGACAAGUAUAUUUUGUUAAUGGACUUCAACUCCCUAUACCCAAGUAUCAUCCAGGAAUAUAAUAUUUGCUUUACUACAGUGAAGCGGAUGAACAGAAAGGAUGAAGAAGAGAUGCCAGCUCUGCCAGAUCCAGAGGAAGAGCCUGGAGUUUUGCCAACAGAGAUUAGGAAGCUUGUAGAGAGCAGGAAGCAAGUCAAGCAGAUGAUGAAGCAGACAGAUUUAUCUGCUGAUUUGAAACUUCAGUAUGACAUUCGUCAAAAGGCUUUGAAAUUGACUGCAAACAGUAUGUAUGGAUGUCUUGGGUUCUCUCACUCCCGAUUCUUUGCUCGUCAUCUUGCAGCUCUUGUCACAG